ACCCUCUCCGCCCGCCGCCCCGCCGGCGGCGCCCCCAUCGCCUGCUCGUCGAGCCCCAGGGGGAGGCGCCGCUUGCCUUCGCCCAGGCCCAGGCGCUCUCCAGCCCCAUCAGGCCUCCCUCCGCGCGGAGCUCGCGCCCGUCGCUGCGUCGCGGCAGCGGGCCACAGAUCGCGCCGCCGGCGCCUCACAUCUCCUCCCCCCCUGCUUCUGCUCCGGCGGUGGUCGCGAGGCCUGGCGGCUCCUGCUCCGGCUCUGGAACCGGUCGGACGAGGAGUGUUGUCCACGGAACUGCGCAACGACGCCGCGCCGUACGGCCUCGGCGGCCCAGCGACGCCACAGGCACGCACCCUUGGCAGAAGUAGCAGUUGUGCCAAAUUCUACAUUCGUAUAUGAUAUUAAUAUGAGGUAUCAGUGGUGGGCUGAUCCCUUGGGAGAAUGGAAGGCAAUAACCUUCGGAUGACAAUCCACUCCCAUGGCGGCGACAUCAACCACAGCCACGGUCACACCGCUGUUAAUCCACCUACUGCGCGGCGCCACCGACCAAGCGUCUGUAGCCGCCACCCACGCGAAGCUGCUCAAGGUCGGCACCGCCUCCGCCGUCUCUUCUUGCAACCACAUCAUCGCUGCUUACUGUCGAUGCGGCGUCACUGCCUGUGCCCACGAUCUGUUCGAUGGAAUGCCCGAGCGGGACGUCAUCUCCUGGACAGCCCUCAUGUCUGGGUACUCUAGCACCGGCCGACCCCGCCUGGCUGUUUCCCUCCUCCGUGACAUGUCUCACAGCGGCGUGCCACCGAAUGCCUUCACCUUCUCGACUGCCGUGAGCGCGUGCGCACGCCUUGCUGAUGCUGGACUUGGGCGGAAAGUGCAUGCCCGUGCUGAGGUCGAGGGCUACGCGUCUGAUGCUGUUGUUGCCACCGCGCUCGUUGACAUGUAUGGCAAGGCCGGAGAUGUGGAGGCUGCACGUGCAGUGUUUGAUGGUAUGGCUGCUCCGGUGAGGAAUGCGGUUUCAUGGGGCUCGAUGCUGUCUGUAUAUGCGCAGAAUGCGCUUGGGCGUGAGGCCAUCCAACUUUUCGCUGAUUUCAGAACCAAAGGUAAUUUCAUGGCGCCCAACCACUUCAUGCUGUCAAGCGUUGUGAAUGCGUGUGCAGGCAUUGGGCGGCUUGGAGUUGGCAAGUCUGUGCAUGGAACAGUCCUUCGGUUUGGGCAUGGAUGCAAUGGCGUGAUUGUUGUGGCCUUGGUUGACAUGUACUCCAAGUGUGGAUUCUAUGAGUACUCAAGAAAGGUGUUUGACAGGAUUGAGCAUCCAUCGGUCAUCUGCUAUACCUCUAUCAUUGUGGCAGCAGCAAAGUAUGGUCUUGGGAGGUGCGCACUCACUUUCUUCAAUGAGAUGAUCGAUCGAGAUGUGCAACCGAACAGUGUUACACUGCUUGGCAUCAUGCAUGCUUGCAGCCAUUCAGGUCUUGUUGACACUGGCCUCCAUCUCCUCCACUCCAUGCAGAGCAAAUAUGACAUCCAUCCAUGUGCCAGCCACUACACUUGUGCGGUUGACAUGCUCGGCCGGGCAGGACGGCUCGAGGAGGCAUUUGAGCUGGCCAACGAAGCGCAAGUUGAAGGCCGUGAUGCCCUCAUGCUGUGGAGCUCAUUGCUGUCCGCUUGCCGGACACAUAGGCGCUUAGAUCUAGCCACCAGGGCUGCCCACAGAGUGUCAGAGUUCAACCAAGAUGUAGCAGGUGCACUGGUAGUGAUGUCAAACGCAUACACUUCAGCCGGCCAGACUGACAAUGCUGCUGCUGUAUGGUCGAACAUGAGGCGACGAGGCAUACAGAAAGAUCCUGGGUGCAGCUGGAUUGAGAUAAAGGACAUACCCUACGUGUUCUAUGCCGGAUUGGUAUCACAUGCCGGUGCAAGGGCAGGUGAAGUGAUGAUGUUGCUUGAUGAGUUAGAGGGUAAGAUGCGGGAGAAGGGUUACAAGGGUGGACUAGGUAGUACCAGGGUCUUUGAUGCUCACGAGGAGGAUGGAGAGGACGGGAAAGGCGAGAUGGUUGGAGUGCACAGUGAGUUAUUGGCUUUGGGGUUUGGUUUGCUGGUUAUCCCCAAGGGGAUGACCAUCAGGAUGAUGAAGAACCUGAGGAUGUGCUGUGACUGCCAUGACGCGUUCAAGCUCAUAAGUGACAUUAUGGAGCGCGAGUUCGUUGUGAGGGAUCUGAAUAGAUUCCAUCACUUCAAGAUGGGGUCAUGUUCUUGCAAUAACUACUGGUGAUUCAAGGCUGAAAUCAAAGUGAUCGUC